AUGGAUCCAGGGGAUAGCAUGUACCAGUCAGUGAGACCCAAGAGACAAGCACGACCCCCUCCUUGGUUACAAGACUAUGAAGUUGGUUAUGAGCCAGAUCAGCCAAUAGAUGCAGCGCCAUAUCGCCGAGAACCCAGCCCUCCUCUCGCACGAAGCUUCGACGGGGAUGCUGCUCACACUGAGACGCCUCAGCUCGCCCCGAGUCGCUUCCGGAGGACCUCCAGAGAAUGGGACCACCAGCCCUCCCCUGUUCCUUUCACCUCUUACUCCUCUCCAUACCAUGAACAGAGUCAUCACAUGGAGAUUCGAGCUGUACAAGAGGAAAACGCUAAGUUACUCCAAUCUCAACAGCUGUUCCAGUCUGGUCUUCAUGAACUAAACAAAGCCCGGACCGAGAUGAAAGAGUUAAUAGAGGCUGCACGUCUACUGAAAACUGAAAUGCUCCAUUCACGUCCCCUGUACAGUCCAGUCAAACCGUUGCGGCACCCCAGCAGUGCAGCUCCAGUCACUUACCUCCCCCCUCAAGCAGAGUACCAGGGGGACUGCGAAUGGCCUGAUCCUCCACCUUGGCCCGAGCCUGAAGACAGUUACCAGCCUCAUGACCCGGCGUGGCCUCCACCCCCUCCCCCACAUCCUUACUUACCCACUAAGCCAAGCUGGAACCUGCAACCCGCUGUUAGGACACCGCCACUCAGCCAGCCUCUUACUCGUACAGCGCCACCUCGUGUAGCUGAGCCCCUCUACAGAGGCCCUCAACCCACAAUACCUAAGUUUAUAAACCCAGAUCCUAGUGAGUUUGCUAGACUUCGCAUAGCUUUAGAGAACCUGCUCCCAGCUAACACAACCGAACUGUUCAGAUAUCAGAUACUAGUUGACCAUCUGAGGCUAGAAGAAGCUAGGCUUAUAGCAGAUGCUUAUUUAAACUCCUCCACCCCAUACACAGACACCAUGGCAGCUCUCCAUGAAAAGUUUGGCCAACCCCAUCAACUAGCUCUCCGAAAGAUAGCUAGCGUCCUUGAGGCCCCCGAAGUGCGAAGGGGGGACACAGCUGCUUUCCAGAAGUUCUCCCUGCAGAUUCAGUCUUUAGUUGGCCUCCUGCAGACCCUGGGCCCCGAGGGAGAUGUUGAGCUGAACUGUGGCUCACAUGUUGCACGUCUGUUAGGUAAGCUUCCUGCUAAACUCCGUGCUGAUUUUCGCCGACACAGUUUCAAGCAGUCAGGCUCUAGACAUACCCUCCUUGACCUUUCAGAGUGGCUCCGUCAUGAAUCCUGGUGUCAAGGUUUUGAUAGUCAGGUCACAAUAAAGACUGGUAGAGAGAAGUCAUGGCCUAGAAGUGACAGUCUGGCCCCAAAGCAGACGGUCUCAGUCUUCCAUGGUGCAGAGGAGCCAGUCCAGACCGCUAAAACAAGCCAUGGAAAAGUUAAGAACAAAGCUUACUGUGCAUUCUGCGAGGGCAAUGACCACCACCUUAGUCAGUGUAGUGACCUGGCCAAACUCUCCAAAGAGCAGCUCAAAGAGUGGAUCCAGGUCAACAAGCGCUGCUGGCGCUGUGCACGAGCCCACCUUGCGGCACAAUGCACCCUAAAGAAACCGUGUAGCCUAUGCAAUGGGAAGCACCUCCAGGCUCUCCACGAGAUAAAUAUCAGAACAGAGAACCCAGCGAUGAUGGGUCUGAAAGGUCCAUGCUCCUACCUGCAGAAGCCAAGGCUCUCGGGAUGA